UCCAGCAAACAAGGCAAAGCGCUACCAGCUUCAGAUUCCCCUCGUGCACCAUCCUAUCUGGUGCAGCCCGUGGCCCCACAGGGUAGCAAGUUACAGCUGCCAGCCAUGUGUGGCGGUGCUGUGGUCCCCAAUGUUGUCCAGCCAUCGCGGCGCCCGCAGGUCACAACAGGCAACCUCUUGCGGGAUAGCAAGAAGUCGAGGGGCACAGGAGUAGGAAAUCGGAAGAGGGCCCGCGAGGAGGAGGACAUCACUGCCUUCAUGGAGUCCGAGAAAUCGGUGGUCGUGUCCAAGGAUGAGGCCAAGCACUUCACUGCCCCAAGUGGCAUGGUCGCCAGAGAUGGAUUAAACACAACUGCAGCUCGUACUGAUGUCCCUGAUGUGAUGAAGAGAAAGAACCAAUUCAGGGGUAUCCGCCGUCGCCCUUGGGGUAAAUGGGCUGCUGAAUUCAGAGAUCCUUAUAAAGGUGCUCGUGUGUGGCUCGGUACUUACAACUCUCCUGAAGAAGCUGCCAGAGCUUAUGAUGCUGAGGCACGCAGGGUUCAUGGCAAGAAGGCGAAGCUCAACUUCCCAUAUGAGGUUCCAGUGGCUUCUGAGAAGCGCCUUGCUGAGCCUACGUCUGUGAAAGUAGCCAAGGCGGGCACUCAAAAGAAGCUGAUUGUCAACAACAUGACCAACUCAACUGUAUAUCACCUCCCUGUUGUCGACCACUCCAUACCUGAGCCAUUCAUGCAGACUCAAAACAUCAGUCUGGAGAAUUCUGCUGCCUCAGUUCAGGAACCUUUGGUGAAUUCUGCUGCCUUCGUUCAGGAACCUUUGGUGAAUUCCUUCAGUAGCUCAAACUUCAGCCUGGAGAAUGACACCAGGAAUGAGGUUGAUGAGUCUGCAUUCCUCCAGGGCACCGCUGAUGCUAUGGUGCCUCCUCUGACAGGUGAUGCUAGUGUUGAUCUCUUUGAGUGGGAGCCAUAUAUGAAUUUCGUGAUGGGCAGUUCAGAUGAGUCAAACAACACCUUGUUGGGCUGUGAUGAAUCCCAAGAUAUUGGUAGCAACAUGAACCUUUGGAACUUUGAUGACAUGCCCAUGCCUAUGAACGGGUUCCCCGCCGCGGUGGCGCUCUCCAUCUCUACCAUGGACAUGUGGUUCCUCGUGGGCUCCGGCGACGGCGAUCGGGCUGUCUGGCGCAAGCGGUGCACGGUUGCGACGUCGGUCAUCCAGGGGCGCCUUGAGGACUACAUCUACCUGCAGGUGUGGGCAGCUCCAGUGCAGCCAUUGUGGGUGAUGGACGACGGGAGGGUCGCCUUGUGGGUGACGACCGACAGUAACAGGUGGCAAGGCUGUCGCAAUUAUAACAUGGGUGCGCUUCGGAUGUAUGAUCCGAGGACGGGAACCUGCACGGAUGUGGCGGACUUUGGGAGCUGCAUAAAACAUGGAGUUGGUGUGUACACUGGGAACCUGCUGCAGCUUCAACGAGCUCGCCGAAUGGAGGAGGUGUAG